AUGGGUCUCACAGCCUUGUGGGAUACGAUCAAGAAGCACGAAGAGAGCGUACCGGUUGCGCAGCUUGCCGAAGAGCACCACCGGCGUCAUGGCAGGCCACUCCGCAUUGCUGUCGACGAGGCCGAUUGGCGCUUCAACAACCUCACGGUGCAGCAAGUGUAUACCAUACGGGAGACCUCCAAUGAGUAUGCUUUCCAAGGCAUCGAGAAAGCCAUGUUCUACCGUAUCUGCCGCCUUCUCACCCUGAAUAUCCAGCUCAUAUUCGUCUUCGAUGGCCCCGGUCGACCCUGGAAGCGAGGCAAAAGAGGAGGAGGGCGGAUCAACUUCGAAGAGCAGCGUCUGCUCAAGGAGAUGCUUCAAUACUUUGGGAUCCCAUACCAUGAAGCGCCAGGAGAGGCAGAGGCAGAGUGCGCUCGUCUGCAGAUUCUGAGCCUGGUUGACGCUGUUUGGUCACAAGACUCCGACUGCAUCAUGUUUGGCUGCACUCUCUGGCUACGCGACCAUCGCAUCGCGAAAGAAAAGGGCAUCACGGACAGGUCCAAGGAGAACACCAAGAAGAAUGGAAAAUAUGCCAACGUUGUACGAGCAUCCGACUUGAAGGAGAAGUAUGGCCUAGACCGAGAUGGACUAGUGCUAUUUGCAAUGCUCGUCGGCGGCGAUUACGACGUGAAAGGUUUACCCCAGUGUGGGCCGUCUUUGGCUCUGCAGGCGGUCAAGCAAGGGCUUGGCCAACGACUGGUUGCAUGUCGAGAUCAGAUGGAGUGCGGUCUUUGGGCUGUAGAGUUGGCCAUGUUCCUUGAGAAAACUGCUCGCGGGCGCAGCAUCGACAUCCCACUAGGCUUUCCGGAUUUCAGAACCUUGCAGAAGUACUACAACCCCAAGGUCACAAGCGACGAAGAUCUGCUCAGCAAGUCACGGCUCAGCCUUGACUGCGUUCGUCCGAUCCAGGAACUGAAGUUGCUCACACUCACUAGCCAGCGCUUCAACAUAUGGGGACGUCUGUACAUGAAUUGGGUCGGACCUGUGCUGUUGACACGAAGCCUGACCACGAGAGAUCCAUCUUUACCUCUUGAGCCAAUUCAUCACAUCAAAUUCCCGAAACAACGAGUGAAGAAGACUGAUGAUGAGCCACCAAUGCGUACUUUCGAAUGCAAGCUGACCUUUUCCCCUUUUGGUGUCACUUCUCUGGGCCAAGCCGAUUUUGAAGGCGCUCAAUUGGGUCAUUGGAAUGGAGAUAAGGAGACGUUAUUCGACCCAGAUUAUCGUGUGGAAUGUGAGUUUCCGGAGUACUGGCUGCGUAAAGUCCUUCCAGCAGACAUACUAGAUCCGCCAUCUCGAGCACAAAAGCCUACGUCUAAACGUAAGCGACCGACAGAUGACACCGAGGAAGAAUCCGGGGUGUCAAGCACAGCUAAGCGGAAACGCCAGAACAAAAGGGACGAUAUUUCCGCCGCUAGAGCCCCACGCAGUGCAUCACCGAAGAAGUUAAAAGAACCAACCUCUAUUGCCAGGUCUCGCAAUAUGUCCCUGACGCCGACAGCGCAAAAGAUUCUCGACUGCAUCGAACUGUCCGAAUCUGAUGAUGAAGAUGGACUCUCCCUACCAGCCAAACCUCGCCCUCAAGAACUUGCACUGAAUCAAGUGCAUGUGUCUCAUAUCGUUGAUCUUGAUUCACCCGAGCCACCAGGUCAAGAGAGCAAUAUGUCCGUCUCCAAUACACAUCGAGCUCAUAUAGAAAACGCACAGCCGUUGGAUAUCUCAGACGAAGAAGAUGAAGAGCUACAGCUGGCUUUGCGCCUAAGUAUGCAAGACCAAGGCGUUAUGAUCCAUCCAACAAAGAGUCCUUCUGGAUUCCCAUCUUCCAGUCGGGGUAAGUAUGAAAGCAUUUUCGCCAUGAGGGAAGCAGGUAGGGAUGUGUUAGGCACCUCUGUUCCGGCCUGGUCGCUCGACCAAACAAACAGCGACGCUCUACCAUCUAGAGCUGCUCAAACUCUCCAUAGACAAUUAGAAAGCACUCCACCAGACGUUUCACGAACGGCAACAAGGGGUGUCCACGCAGGUCUUAUAGGAAGAGGACCAGUUGAUUUACCCAAUUGGUCACGUUCUCUGCCGCCUGCUGCUCAUCUACCAAAGCCUGCGACGUCGUCUUCCGGAUCUGGCAUCAAAGACCAUGUCCAAGCAAUCACGACACCUUCUGCCAACGAGAUCCGCGCUGCUCGGCUUCGCCACUUCGAGACGUCGUCUCCUCGUCCCCUGCAGAACACAAACGAUCAACCUCUUCUACCGCUUGCUCCAAUGACAAACAAACGACCGGCAGCUGAUUAUCAUGUACCCGUGGGCGUUGAGUGUAUCGACUUGACAGAUGACUGA